GAUCUAUACCGUCCCGCGCCCAGCAAGAAGCACUGUGCGGCUGUGCUCCCCCGACCCCCAGGACAUCCAUCCCCACGCCUAGCUUCCCAGGCCGGUCUUCUGCGCGGCUCCAGUCGCCCAGGUCUCCACGCAACAAUGAAGCGUGGGCGGCCCCAACGGCUUCAUUUGCAUAUCGCUGCGGCUUGGCCAAUGGGCUGUGCAGGGGCUUUGGAACGCAGUGUUGCCAUCGGCGUGCGCGCGUGUGUGCGAGUGUGACAGCGGCUGUGGCUGUGGCCGUGGCCGUGGGAGGCGGGCUCGGCGGAGCCCAGCCGCGCGGGGACCGGCCCGGGCUCCCGCUCCUCGAGCGUGUCGCGGCCGCGUGGCCCGGCCGAGCCUUGAGACCACCUCGCCCCGGCCGGUCGCUGUCGCGAUGUCGGUGGCCGGGCUGAAGAAGCAGUUCCACAAAGCCAGCCAGCUAUUUAGUGAAAAAAUAAGUGGUGCUGAAGGAACUAAACUAGACGAUGAAUUUCUUGACAUGGAAAGGAAAAUAGAUGUUACCAAUAAAGCUGUUGCAGAAAUUCUUUCAAAAACCACUGAAUAUCUUCAGCCAAAUCCAGGUAAAGAAGAGGCUGUGCCGUUGGAUGUUUUCUUUUUUGGGGGCCACAUGCUGGGGCUUCCUACAGUGCAGAAACCUCAGUGGGUGGAGGCUGAGCCCCACACCCGUGGAAUUGGACAGCGCCAGUCUCAGGCAAGGAGAGGGAAUGUCGAUUCCAGGGAGGUGGCGGCCCAUGUUCAGAGCAUCAUCUUUGGAGUCUCCAACGUAUUUGAAAAUGUUUCUGUCAAGGAAGAGGCUGUGCCGUUGGAUGUUUUCUUUUUUGGGGGCCACAUGCUGGGGCUUCCUACAGUGCAGAAACCUCAGUGGGUGGAGGCUGAGCCCCACACCCGUGGAAUUGGACAGCGCCAGUCUCAGGCAAGGAGAGGGAAUGUCGAUUCCAGGGAGGUGGCGGCCCAUGUUCAGAGCAUCAUCUUUGGAGUCUCCAACGUAUUUGAAAAUGUUUCUGUCAAGUCUCCCAAAGAACCUUUUGUAUUUAUGUUUUCUAUUCAAGGCAAUGCAUUGAUAGAAGUUGGUGAAUCCAUGAAGCUAAUGGCUGAGGUGAAAGACUCUCUUGAUAUUAAUGUAAAGCAAACUUUUAUUGAUCCACUUCAGUUACUACAAGAUAAAGAUUUGAAAGAGAUUGGGCAUCACCUGAAAAAGCUGGAAGGCCGCCGCCUGGAUUACGAUUAUAAAAAGAAACGAGUAGGUAAGAUACCAGACGAAGAAGUCAGACAAGCGGUAGAAAAAUUUGAAGAGUCAAAGGAGUUGGCUGAAAGAAGCAUGUUUAAUUUUUUAGAAAAUGAUGUAGAACAAGUCAGCCAGUUGGCCGUGUUCAUAGAGGCAGCAUUAGACUAUCACAAACAGUCCACAGAGAUUCUGCAGGAGCUGCAGAGCAAGCUACAGAUGCGAAUAUCAGCUGCAUCCAGUGUCCCCAGACGAGAAUACAAGCCAAGGCCUGUGAAAAGGAGUGCUAGUGAGCUCAAUGGGGUUUCCACCACCUCUGUAGUGAAGACGACAGGUUCUAACAUUCCCAUGGACCAGCCCUGCUGUCGUGGUCUCUAUGACUUUGAGCCAGAAAACCAAGGAGAAUUAGGAUUUAAAGAAGGGGACAUCAUUACAUUAACCAAUCAAAUAGAUGAAAACUGGUAUGAAGGAAUGAUACACGGGGAAUCCGGAUUCUUCCCCAUUAAUUAUGUUGAAGUGAUCGUGCCUUUACCUCAGUAAAUGUGUAACACACUCUGGACAUACUUUCAUAACUGAAAUGAAUUCACACCAAUGUGCUCUCAGUGUGGUGUUCUGUGACAUCCUUUGCUAUUUGACCAACUUAAUGACUUUUGUAUGUGUGUUCUCUUUAUAAUGUAUUUUGUAUCACUUUAGUUUGUAUAAAUGAUUUUCUUGUCUUUGCUACAUGAAAAUAUUGUUUUCUUUUUUGCUUCUUGUCCUAAAAGUCAUUGGUUAAACGUAUAUGCUUCCUGUUACUAAAAAUAAGUCUCACCCAUUGCAGUUAUGUCAAUGAAUGGCCUGUAUUCCUCAGCUGCAAUGAAAUGGUAACAUUUGAAACUAAGAAAUGCUAAAUAUUUUGUUUCUCGACAUUCCUGAUGACAUCUGGUCUUUUUUCUUCAUUGUAUUUUAAGCUUACCUGUGAAUAGCCCAAUAAACAUGACACACUGUGUUGGCAAAA